AUGAAUAAAAGCCAGCAUGAACCUCCUUACGAAAUUGAGAACCAGUUUAUAUUGCGUCUGCCUCAGGAACAUGCUGCUACUGUCAGAGAAAUGAUACACUCUGGAACUGUCACCAUGAAGGAUAAACUAAAAAUUGACUUAUCUUCUGAUGGACGUCAUGCAACUGUUGAGGUGAAAGAUGUCUCACUAACUGCUAAGAUGGUUGACUUGCCUUGCACUAUUGGAAGCCUGAAAACUCUGGACAACAAAAUCUUUUAUAAAACUGCAGAUAUUUCCCAGAUGCUUGUGUGUACUGCUGAUGGUGAUCUUCACUCUUCUCCUGAAGAACCAGUUACCUCUACUGAUCUUAAAGAUAUCAAGAAAAAUGAAAAGGCGAGACAGAAGAAAUAUGCCUGGAAGCAUGGCAUUACUCCACCACUUAAGAAUGUCAGAAAGAAAAGGUUCCGCAAUACAUCAAAAAAGCGGGCUGAUUUCAAGCAAGUUGAAGAGGUCAGCUUUACUGAGUACACUGAGUCGCCUGUUGUGGAAAAGGAAGUAAAAAGACUGCUGUGUUCUGAUGCUGAAGCUGUCAGUGUCCAAUGGGAAGUCGUUGCUGAAGGUGAAACCAAGGAACUAGAAAGUAAAGACUCCAUUUCCAGCUUUGAGAUAUCCCCAGGAACAAGUGGCUAUAAACAGGAUCAUAGCUCAUCAGAAUAUCAUAUGCUUCGGGAGAUGCUCAGUGAUUCUAGUGGUAGCAGUGAUGAUGAUAAGGACAAGGACGAGACUGAUGAUGAGGAGGAGGAGGAAUUUUACUAUGAUGAUGAGAAUGAAGAAGAUGAACAGUAUUAUGAAGAGAAUCUGCAAAGGGAGUUACAGGCCAAGUUAAUUGAAUUUGGCCAGUGUGAGGCAAAGGAAGGAGCCAGUUCAAUAGUCAUGGAAAUUCAGAAGCAUAUUCAUUAUAUGGAGAAAAAGCUCCAAGAGAUUCAGUGCAGAGCACAAAGACAGAAAGAUCUCAUCAAGAAAGUGGAAAACCUGACACUCAAGAAUCAUUUGCACUCUGUGCUGGAACAGCUUAAGUUACAGGAAAAACAAAAAAAUGAGCAGAUCAUUUCCCUCCAGGAAAAAUUGAAACACUUUCUGGAGAACUAAGGAGAGCCUUCAGCUUGGCACACAAACAUUGGAUU